GGAGACAAGAUCGACUUCGAUGGCUUCGGUGGUGAGAUUGAGACCAACGAUGGUCGCAAGGUUACGCUCAAAGCGCUGGUCGACGAGAGCAAAGAAGGCCUUGUAUUGUUCACAUAUCCUAAGGCAUCAACCCCAGGCUGCACGACUCAGGUUUGCCUUUUCAGAGACUCGUACGAACCUUUGACUGCAGCUGGACUCAGCAUCUACGGUCUGAGCACCGAUUCGCCAAAGGCAAACACGACAUUCAAGGACAAGCAAAAGCUCCCAUACCCUCUGCUAUGUGACCCCUCAGCUUCACUCAUCGGAGCAAUUGGUCUCAAGAAGGCACCCAAGGGAACCACGCGAGGAGUUUUUGUUGUCAAAAAGGACGGCGAGGUUCUAGCAGCUGAACCUGGAGGUCCAGCAGCAACCCUCGAAGUAGUCAAAGGUGUUGUCGCGAAGAUGGGCGGC